GAUGUACUGUAAUUGAAUACCUACCUUUACAUAAGUAAUAAUACAAACUAGUAAUACAAAUACCAGUCUGCUGCAGCAACAAGCCAACAUCACCACAAAGCCCGUAUUACAUACCCUAGUACGUCCAAACUAUACCACGCCUUCUGAUUCAUGCUUGUUCGAUAUUGUCUGGCUGGUCUCUUCGGGGUUUUAUAGGGUUUCAGAAGAUAACUGAAAUCAUCACUUACAAGGUUUUGGCAAUGACUUCUGUAUCUCCUCCUUCCAAACGUAGUCGUAAGGAUGACCAGAUCGAAGAUAUUCCGAUUGAAUCUUCUCAUCCGAAGAGAUACCCUCUCGUCGUUUUUGCUCAUGGUGCUGGAGCUAAUUCUUCGUCUGAAUGGAUGAAACGAUGGAAAGAUAUGAUGGGAAAGGCUUUGCUUGCUGUUGAUGUAGUUACAUUUGAUUACCCAUAUUUAUCUGGUGGAAAAAAAGGUGCUCCCCCUAAGGCGGAGAAACUAGUAGAUUUCCACUUGGGGAUUGUGAAAGAGGCUGCUGCGAAGUAUCCUGGUCAUCCGUUGGUAUUGGCAGGAAAGUCCAUGGGUUCAAGAGUUAGUUGCAUGGUUGCAGCCACUGGAGACAUCAACAUCUCUGCAGUAAUUUGCUUGGGAUACCCACUAAAGGGUUCAAAUGCAUCGAAAAGACAAGAAACCUUGUUGCAGCUUCCAGUUCCAACUAUUUUUGUACAGGGUAGCAAAGAUGCACUCUGCUCUCUUGAUAAGCUGACUGCAGUUUGCCGUAAGAUGGAAACUGUCAGCGAGUUACAUGUAGUUGAUGGUGGUGAUCAUUCAUUCAAGAUUGGUAAGAAGCAUCUAAAUUUAAUCGGAUCAACCCAAGAAGCAGCCGAAGAGGAAGCUGUAAAAUCGAUAACGAAGUUUGUCAGGGAGGUACUUGGGGAGCUUUGACAUCUUUCAAGUGCGCUUCAAACUGUUCUUACUACCAUCGAAGAGUAUGCCGCCUUUCCUCUGCGAAUGAGUGUAGUCCUCUUUUGGGUGGUUCAGACUUCAGAAUACUAACUGAAAAUGCUCAGUAACAUCAUAAUUACUUGCUCUUUUUUGCUUGUUUAAUCCUCUUUAGGAUUGUAAAUAUCAAGUUCCGUGCUGUUUUAGUAGUUGUAAGAUAAGGAAACUCAUGUACAAAUUCGUGUUUGUGUAAGUAAUGCAUGUAGGCUUUAGUUAAUACAGCUGGUUAAGGAAACUCGCUUCAGAGAGAGAAAAAAAAACACAAAACAUCAGUAUUAUGCUACAGCUGGAUGACGAUUCUGCCUGAAACACAGUAAUUAAAGGGUUAAAUGGAGGUGGUUCUGCUUGAAA